AUGUUCACCUCAUGGCCUCAAUGGCCUGGUGCGAAGCACAUGGGGAUCGCUCAUAUCGCCGGAUGCGAUCUUGACUUGGGAUCUCGGCCCACAUGGAACAUCGAGAUAAUCUCGGGCGCUCGCCAAUCAUACCUAGUGGCCGCGGUCGGGAUCUCGUCCACGGAAAUUGUCAAGGCACAUCCCACCCAGGGCAAGUAUCUACGGCACACCGUGGAGAACGCGAUGGUGGCGUUGGAGUCUCCAUUUCCGCCCAAUCUCGUUUCGCGUCGCGCUAAAGAGGCUUAUCGUAGCGCUAUCCCGAAUGCAGCGAUUUUUGGAAUUCUACUUUCGGACACACAACGUGGGCAGGAUGAUGCCCUGCUUUGA